UCUCAAUGUUACUGUUACUCUCAGUGUUACUCUCAGUGUUACUGUCUGUUACUCGGUGUAUGUUGGCAGUCAGUGGGAGCGCUGGCCGCUGACUCUCUGCCAGACCCCGGGGUCUGGGACAGGUCUGAGCCGAUCCCGCCUUCGCGCCUGUCGAGGGAGGCGAGAGGUUGAAUCCUUGGACUGUAAGAAAUCAAAUGUUAUAUUUAAUAUAGCUUACUUGAGGAGACAUGUGUGGACAUACUUGUUGUAAAAUGUUCAUGAUGCUCUACUGCCAAAAGUCAUUGCAUUGCUUCCACAUGUCCCUUUAAUAUUUUUGAACUUGAUAUUGCACCUAUAUUAUUAUGGGUUUCAAUUGGCUAAUUUCCAACUUUCCUCACAAAUUGAGACUCUUGAUACUUAUUGUUAGUUUUACCUCUGUUAUUACCUGGAUAGUAACCCAUAAUAACCAUGCGAUUGUAUGGCAUGCUAACACACGAUUCACAGAAAGGUUGUGGAAAGUACUAGAACUAUCUAAUGACCUGGAGGUCAGGACAAUUUCACAUAAUGCAUUGAAAAUGACUACAGAUCCAAGUGCUCGUUUGUGCCCCUUUCUAUCACCAUACCUACGUGGUAGAAUUCUAUUGAAAUUUGAUGAAAAACUCACAUUGGAACAGGUUCAGGCAAAAAAUCCAGAUGUAAUGGGAGGACAGUACAGACCACAGGAGUGCUUACCGUUGCAACGUGUUGCCAUUGUGAUUCCAUACCGCAACCGAGAAAAACAUCUUCUGUACUUAAUGGAGCAUCUGCAUCCGUUUCUGCAACGGCAGCUUCUGGAUUAUGGAAUAUAUGUCAUUAAUCAGGCUGGUAAUCGUGUAUUUAAUCGAGCAAAGUUAUUGAAUGUGGGCUUCCUGGAAGCACUGAAGGAAUACAAUUGGGACUGCUUCAUUUUCCAUGACGUUGACCUUGUUCCAGAGAAUGAUUUCAAUUUAUAUCUCUGUGACCAUGAACCUAAACACCUUGUAGUGGGGCGGAAUUCUACAGGAUACAGGUUGCGGUAUAAGGGUUAUUUCGGUGGAGCAACAGCUAUGACCACAGAGCAGUUUAAAAAGGUCAAUGGAUUUUCGAAUGAGUAUUGGGGCUGGGGUGGAGAGGACGAUGAUCUUCGCAAAAGAGUCGAGAUACAAAAAAUGAAAAUCGUACGUCCAUCUCUUGAGAUUGCAAAAUAUAUAAUGACUUUCCACAAGAGGGAUCAAGGAAAUGAAGUCAAUCGUGAUAGGAUGAAAUUACUGACAAAAGUUUCACAAGUGUGGAGUAAAGAUGGCUUGAACUCCUGCAUCUACAAUGUGAAGUCACGAGAACAUAGACCAUUAUACAUUAAUAUCACGGUGGACAUUGGUGGUCCUGAUUAGAACUCUGCCUGGAUUCCUACAGCUAGUUUCAGUUAGCCACUCCUACAUCUAUUUCUCUGAGCUACUCCUAAGACAAUUACAAGAUAAACUGGAAAAACCCUAUACAAUGUGCACAGUUAUUAUAUUACCUGGAUAGAAAUAAGAGUGAGCCUUGUGCAUUGAAACUGAACAACCUUUACAUUCUAGGCCAAUUUUAGUGGUCUCUAUUUUAGUACUAAAUAUUGAAAAAAUGCACAUGAAGUAACGAUCAUCUGGUAAAUCUAAAAGUAUUAUUUGGUAUUCGGUCUCCCUGGAGACAUAGUACUGUGUUCCUUUCUCAUCCCUUGAACAAUAUUUGUAUUGCUGGCAUUGCACUCUUGAGGUGAUUUUCUUUUUGGGUUCUAAACUAUAAAUCACCAUUUUGUUCCUGAUUUAUGGAACCGCAUAAAACUUUGGGCAUUAAAAGGGCGCGUCACAAAGGAUAAGUAAUGGAGUUCUGAUAAUUAAUUAUUGCUUUCUUCAAGCAACUGCAGUGGAUGGUUUCCAACUCUCUUUUAAGGUUAUUUCAAUCAAGGACAUUAUUCAUCCCUUCCACCUGUUUUCUAUAUCUAGAAUCUUUCCGGGCUUCUGCCUUUGUAAAGAACAUUGUGUACAGUUCCUAGUACAGUUGCCAAGCACCGCAGGUUGUAAAAUUUGCCAGAUUCUCACCAAGGAGAUUUGAAAUUCCUGCAUUUUCAAUGUUCACCUCAAUGCCUCACUGCAGGAAUGUGGGCUGUCGAAGUGCACCUAGGCAGGAGGAUGGGAUUGCACAUUAAGGAAACCGGGAAGGAAGUCUUAUGGAAUCUCUUAAGGCUCCCUGUUCCCAGCAUGCACUACAUGCAUGUGCAAAGGACUGCACAUGCUUCAACCAAAUAUUCUGCCGUUUUGCCUGUGAAAAGAAUAAUCUCAAUUUUUGUGGCAUUUAAUACUUUGGUUCAUGAAAUGUGUAUGUUCAUAGUGGACUAUCCAGAAAUGUAAUGGAAUAAAUAGAAAAUUAUUUUAGAAAAAACUUUUUAUGAUAAUAGUAAACCUCCCAGCUUUGUCCUACUGGGUGGAAUUUAUACAAAGCCUGUAUUAUUUAUCUACAACUGAGGCUUUGGAGCCAAGGUAAUUGAAGUGAGUAUGAUGAAAUAACUUGCAUAGCAAGGAUGAUUUAAAAACUGAAUUUAAGUGGGGAAUUGGGGCAAAUUAUUACAAUGGCUAUUGAUGCCUAUAAUUGCUUUAAUUAUGUUAAUAGAUGAUUUGGUGUCCAUAUUGUGGUUGCUUUACUAUAUCUCAAGCGAACUUGCUACAACGGACUUUUUAUGAAAUGAUUAAUUUGAUGUGAGCCAACCUAAUCAAUGAUUCUGACUGCUGGUGAUGGUGUACGAGUGACAUGUAAUGCCUGCAGUACUUAUGGAAAUGUGAGAUGUUUCCAAGCUUAACUUUUUCAGACAUUUACAAUGUACUAUAAUUAUAUUUUAAUAAAUUAUUGGACUGUU